CGGGGUGGGUGCAAUGGCCACGGCGCGCUCCAGCCGCGGUCCGGUAGCCCGGGCCGUUCUGCAGCAAUGUCUGCACGCGAAACUGCAGGUGAAACCUGCCGAGCCGGGCGCCGAAGCCACGUGGGUGGAGAUCCAGCGAGGACUUAUAAUCUAUGUAUGCUUCUUCAAAGGGGCUAGCGAAGAAAUUAUUCCACAAAUGGUCAAUACACUUAUUCAUGUGAAGCUAAGUGAAACUGAAGGUGGUGAAUACGUUUCUGUUUUGGAUUUACCAGGCAGCAUAUUAAUAAUACCUCAGGCCACAUUGGGUGGUAAACUGAAAGGAAGAAGAAUGCAGUAUCACUCCAAUAUUGAAAAGGAAAUAGGGCUGGAGCUCUAUUCCCAGUUAGUCUUUCAGUGUGAAAGAGAACUGGCUGCUAAUGCCAAGUGUGCUGAGGCUGGUGUUGUUCUCAAGCAUGGAACAUAUGGAAACCGACAGGUGUUGAAAGUGGAUACAAAUGGACCUUUCACUCAUAUGAUUGAGUUUUGAGAAUUAAGAGAUUUGGAGAAGGACAUUCUGUCUGACAUGUUUCACUGUUGUGCCAAUAGGUAACAGUACACUUCAUUUGAUUCUAACAUAGGAGAACAAAGGAAGGACUUCAGUAACCUGAUACACAGCUAAAUGCAUUUAAUUAUUUAAAGCAAUCCUAUCUGAAGUUGUCUUCUUCUCUUGCUUGGCUUGUAGUUGACAGUGGUCUUCAGUUUUUGAUGAAAAGAAACCCACUAGCAAAAUGUAAUUUUGGACCCGAACCUAUUCAAUCUGACUCCUAACUCAGACAAUUUUUCUCUCUGCCCAGUCCCUAAUCUUUUAUGUCAUUUUGAUCACAGUAUGUAGUGCUAGGAAUCAGCAGCAUUUUAACACAACCGCAUUCUAAAUGCCAAAGUUUAGCUGUCUAAUAUUGAUGAAUAAGAUAUCAUGGGACAAAUGGAUAGACGCAUUCACUGUCUCACCACGCCCCCUGUCUGAACAACUGGAUGACUUCUCCAAUUGUGCACUGCUUGUACCUGACAGCCCCAGAUGGCAGUUCUACAACUUGCUUAACUGCAGCCUCUGAGGCAAGCCCUAGUGAGUGGAGGUGGGGCCUGUCUUAGAUUUCAAGUCUCCAAGGCGUGAGCGUGAAAACAAACUGGAGAAAGUGGUGGUUGCAAAGGCAAUUUAGAAAAUGGCAUUCUUCCCACGGUUUUGGGGUGGUUCUUCCAGUAUACACAGAAAGCCCACAAAGUUCUUUCCCAGUGCAUUUCUCCUCAAGUGCUCCUGGCUUGGAAAGUAAACACUGCCUGGCAUACAGACUGGCACUUGGCUGGUUGAUCAUUUGUACUGGAUCUUUGAUUUCUGGUGUUUGAGACAUUUAUGUUUUGAGCUGUCAGCAUUGUGGUGGGGUAUUAUUUGAAUUUGGAGGUGACUAAUGUGAUCAGUUUACAAGAGAGAAAAUAAUUUCUACUUUUUUUCUUAAUAUUUCAAAGCUCUAUAAUAUAUGUGCCCUCAUACUUCUUUCUUGGACCCCGACAAGAUACUCUAACCUUCCCAGUUAACAAUAAAUAAACAAACAGAUUUUCUUAGCAUCAGCUGGCACUGUUGUGAAUUAGGUUUGUGUUGGUGCUGAAAACUAUAGGUUCAAAUGAGUUUGGUAUAUUGAGGCUCAACCCACGUCUGCCUUUCGCUCAGACUUUUGAGCAGGCUACUUCUUGGCUAUAUCUCCCAAAGAAGCCAUUUUGUGGUGGUGCUCACCACACUUUCUCAAUAAUACCACUUGAUAAUGGCAUGCUUACAAUUUCUGUAUUCUAAAACAUAGGUAAUUUUAGGAUGGCUCUAAACUAUGACAUUCUCUUAUUUUACAAUGUUAUCUUGAAAAUAACAUACCAAGCAGGUAAGGUAACUUCUCUGACAAAUUGUUUCAUUCUGUUUAUAAAUAAAGCAAUAAAAUAAUACAUAAACAAAGUGUAA